AUGGCAGAAAACCCAGAACCAGAGAACAAAGUGAUUAAUAAAAGCAUUUAUAAAACUAGCCAAGGUCUGGAUGCCAAUAAAGAUGCGUUCCCUGUCCUCCAAGGUGAGGGUAGAGGAGAGGAUGACAUAUAUGUCAUGCCAGAAAUGGGGGUGAUCCUUGUUGCAGCAGCUCAGAAAGGGGAAGCAAAGGAAAUAAAAAAGGUCGACAGUUUGAUCAAUAUCUGGAGGUUAUCCCAGGUCUGGAGAAGACUAGAGUAUAAGGGGAACGGAACUAGGAACAGGGAGAUGACUCAGGAUCCGGAAGCAGGCCCCGGUCUAAUGCAGGAGACACCAAACAGAGACUUAGCCCUUGAACCGAGUUUGAAAAAGAAGAAAACGUCAGAAUAUUCAACAGUAUUAGUGUUGUGCUACAGGAAGACUAAGAAAAUACAUUCAAAUCAACUGGAGAAUGACCAGUCCCGAGAGAACUCCAUCAAUCCAGUCCAAGAGGAGGUGGACGAAGGCCUAGACUCCGCUGAAGGAUCUUCACAGGAAGACGAAGACCUAGACUCAUCUGAAGGAUCUUCAAAGCAGGAUGAAGACCUAGACUUACCUGAAGGAUCUUCCCAGGAGGAUGAAGACCUAGGGUUAUCUGAAGGAUCUUCACAGGAGGAUAAAGACCUAGACUCAGCUGGAGGAUCUUCACAAGAGGACAAAGACCCAGACGCAUCUGAAGGAUCUUCAGAGGAGGGUGAGGAAGACUAG